UUAGUUCUGUUUAAUUAAGAGAAUGAAGGUUGUAACUGUUUGCGUUAUAAUUCCGGCUCUUUUCGUUGCGGCCACACACUCCAAAGCAGUAAAAGAGUUUCGCUGCGACUAUGAAUACGUCGCGGAAGUGGAUGGGUGGCUGAAGUUCCACGAUAUACCAGCAAGUUGGUUCGACGCCCGCCUCAGGUGCCACCUUGAAGGGACCACAUUAGCUUCCCCGCUAAACGAAGACGUCCAGAGAGCCAUCCUCUGUGUUGCGGGACGGCACGACUUGUUCCCCCGGGACAUUCACACCGGCAUCCACGCUACGUUCUCGAACGGAGACUUCUUUUCCAUCGAAGGAGUUCCUCUAUCUGAUAUAAAGCACGAAUGGGUCGCAGGAGAACCCAACAACUCGAAUGACGAUGAAAACUGUAUAUACUUGACCCACAGCGGUACCAUCGGCGACGCGAACUGUGGGACCCCUAAACCUUACGUCUGCUACAGUAAGGACGAUGAGGACCUCGCGAUUAACGAAUGUGGUACCACUGACGACGGAUACAAGAUGGACAGAGCCUCUGGCAGCUGCUACAAGUUCCACGGCACGCCGCGCGUCUACUCCCGCGCACACAUGGCCUGCGCCGCCGAGGGAGGGUACCUCGCCAUCAUCAACGGCGACAGUGAAGCCGACUACAUCAGAAAACUGUUCGUGCAGAACCCUGCGUCAUCUAUGGUGGGGCCAUUCUACAAGGAAGUGGCGUAUUUGGGCUUCAACGAUUGGAACGAACAUGGAGAAUGGCUCACGAUUCACGGUGAACCGCUGGAGAAGGCCGGCUACGCGAGAUGGUCGGCCGGUGAACCGAACAACUUGACCGGUGAAUUCUGCGGAGGGGUGCACCGCUCGGGGUACCUGUUGGACCUCAAGUGUGACUCCGUGCACGCCUUCAUUUGCGAGAAGAGUCUCGACAGCUUGUUGUGCUAGGACCAUGGGCGCAAAUGUAUGGACCCCGGUCCAAUCUCCCAACAGUGUUAAAAUCUAUGCCAUAAGAAAGCAUUUGGGAUAUUAUUCAUAUGCUAUGCCAUAAAGCAUUUAGGAUAUUAUUUCAUAUGAAUUUGGCAUUAGGUAAUGCUUUCCAAGUGUUAAAACUGUACCAAAACAGCAUGAUUGCGUUCGAUUUUGACUUGACUGCCAUACCAGUAUUAAAUAGGUACUUCAAAAACUUU